AUAGUAUUGUAGAUGCGUGCUGCGGGAUCCGCGGUUUUAGUUCGUGCGCCGGAUCCACGCCGCAGUCCGCCGAGCGACGUCGACUGGGUACUUCGGGUGAUGCGAGCUGACGAUCCGACGUGUUGCUGCAGGGGCACAAAAUGGCGUUUCGAUCGCCGAUAAGUUUCGGCAACCGCCAGCGACAGGGCCAGCACCAGCACCACAUCGGCCAGCGCAAGACUUUACCGUAACGAUAUUAUCGAYUAUCAUAAUAAUAUAACGUUCACGUCUCGCCUCUCGUAUAUUUUAUAAUUUAUUAUAAUCUGAUUACAAUAAAAUUAAUCGACGUCGAUCGCUCUCGUGAUACUUUUUACAGCCAUUUAUAAAUAUAUUACUACUAUAUAAAACGCGCAAUAGGCCGAAUCUCGAUCUGAAUAUUUCACCGUCAACCCGCGUAUAUUAUAUUAAUAUAUCGUACGGUGUUUACGUCUACGACGCACGUGUUCCCGCGAUGCAUUAUUACAUGCUAGCCGCGUUGCUCAACGCGGCCCUAGCGGCCGGUCAACGGCACGCGGUGUUUGCCGGCCACAGACUAAAACAGUGGCGACAGACCGGCGACCGGCCAACCUACCUGCACGACAUGUUGGCCGGCAGCGGCGUGUUGCCCCGCAGGGUGUGGACGGGACAAGCCGACGRCCAACAGCACACGACCACGCGCAGGCGACGCCGCUUCCCGACGUCCAACGCGACCCCGGUGAUUGGCCACUGGAGGGCCCUGCACGACAAGCUGGUCGUGCAGGCCAUGUGGCCAGGCACGGCCAAGUACGCCAACGAAAACUACUUACCGGCAACUACGGACGACUACAUCAGACAGGAAGGAUAUCCGGCAGAGAGGCACACGGUGAUCACGGCAGACGGUUACAACCUGACGCUGCACAGGAUACCGUACAGCAGAAACGAUGACCUGACGGCCCUCACCAGAAAACCGGCGGUGCUGGUCCAACACGGAAUACUGUGCAGUUCGACGGACUGGGUGAUYGCAGGACCCAACAGCAGUCUAGCGUUCAUACUGUCUGAUGCGGGAUACGACGUGUGGCUUGCAAAUUCCCGGGGAAACACGUAUUCUAGAAACCACGUGACCCUAGACCCGRCGAGAGAACCGGAAAAGUUUUGGGAUUUCAGCUGGCACGAGAUGGGCACAAUUGACCUGCCCAACACGAUCGAUUACAUCUUGGACAAGACGGGCGAACCAGACUUGAACUACGUUGGACACUCGAUGGGCACGGCCAUAUUUUACGUGCUGUGUUCGGAGAGACCAGAUUAUCAGGACAAGGUCCGGUCGAUGUCAGCAAUGGCUCCGAUCGCCUAUCUGAACCACGUCAARAGCCCGAUAAUGACCUUCUUGUCGUCCGUGGCGGACCCGUUGGCGAGCAUUCUGCCGAUAAUUUUGGCACACACUCCAGCAGGGGCAUCCGCACGUCAACUCACUCAUUUUGCUCAGCUCAUGAAACGCGAUCAAUGGUUUGGACAAUACAACUACAACAAACAGAAAAAUUUGGAAAAAUACGGACAACCGGAUCCGCCGGCGUACGACCUGACAGGCAUCACAGUGCCAGUUGCUUUAUAUCACGCGCAAAACGAUUGGCUGUCGUCGAUGGAGGACGUCAAGGUCUUAGCGGGCAAGCUCCCGAACGUGGCAGAGAGAAAGGUCGUGCCGUUCCCGGAGUUCAAUCACUUGGACUUCCUGUGGGCGGAUGACGUGAAAAACAUCGUUUAUGAUGAUGUGAUCAAAUUCAUGAAAAGGCACGACCGGAAGUACGCGGACGUAGGGUUACAGCCGUCUGCGGAAGUGGACGCGAACGUCGUGCACGCGGAUUACAUCGUAUCCGACGUGGCGUAGCGGUGAAAAUAGCAAGGUGCAGACCGCCAUUUGCGGRCGCGAUCACAUCGCGGAGAGAAACCUGCAGACGACGGAGUUUUCCGUCAAAAUCCUUGCCGUUUAUAUAUUCCACCACCACAGUAUAUGGUACCUACAGGGAAACAUUCAUAUUAUCAAGUCCCAGGGAGAAAAAUAUAAAUCAUAUUGAAAAAACAUUCGUUAAGCAGAAUUAAAUACAUUUGGUUCUCAAAAAUAUUUCGUUAAACAGAAAAUUAUGUUAAAUGAAAGGUUGUUAUAUACAAUUUGUUUACGAUAUGAGUCAUCACUUAAUAUUUCAGCUAGAUGACUUUUGAUUGAAAUAGGGUUUUCGUGAUAUGCCUAAGUACACAUUUUCAGGCAAAUUUCAAAUUUGUGACUCUGUACUCCUACGCGAAUGGCUACUUCGAUUUUUUUUUCUACGGAUUCAGGGGAUUUUUUUUUAACAAUUUUGGUGUACGAAGUGUUUUUAUAAUUAUAAAAUUUUCUAUACAUAUUGUUACAAUAUAUGAUCAAUUUUAAUAUUUAUGAAUGAUCUCCUAUAUGGUUAAUGUACAAUGUGGAUUAGUUGAUGGAACACCGUUAGGUCMUUAUUUCUAUUGUGGAAUAGCUACUGUUGAAGAUAUUUAUAUUUUUAUUGAAAUCAAUUACCAUUAAUGUUUGACGAUGUUUCAUUAGCAAAGUGGGAAAAUGUUUAUUUUCAACAAAAUAGGUCUU